AACCCGGAAGGAUCCGGCCCUCGGCUCCGCCUCUGGCGCGACUUAGAGACAGGAGGGCAGGGAUAGUAGCUUUGCAGAUGGACCUGGUAGUCGGCCAGCGAACAGUAUGCAGGCACCCUGGGGGGUCAUCAACGUGGAGCCGGGCUGGUACAUCUCUUCCCAGCAGCCCGAGGAGGCGGAGGCGGAGGCGGAAGACUUGAGCCCGUUGCUAAGCAACGAACUUCACAGCCCGGGAUCCGUCGGUGUUUCAUAUGGUUUUUCAGUGUUGAGUUUGGUGAAUGGCAUCAUGGGAAGUGGCAUCCUUAGCUUAGCUUAUGUUAUGGCUCAUACUGGUGUCCUUGGAUUUAGUUUCAUGCUGCUGAUAGUUGCUCUCCUGGCUUCUUUCUCAGUUCACCUCCUGCUUAGUAUGUGUAUUCAGACAGCUGUGACAUCUUAUGAAGAUCUUGGACUCUUUGCUUUUGGAUUACCUGGGAAGGUGGUGGUGGCAGGCACCAUAAUAAUUCAGGAUGUUGGAGAGUUAUUUAUGCCCAUUCCCAGUAUGUAUAUGUGUAUAUGGUUGAGGACAGUGGAGUCUAUGUCAUCUUAUCUUUUAAUUAUUAAAACGGAGCUUCCUACUGCUAUUUCAGAAUUUUUGUCCGGAGACUAUAGUGGGUCUUGGUAUGUUGAUGGAAAAACAUUACUGAUAAUCAUUUGUGUUGUCAUUGUGUUCCCUCUUGCUCUUCUCCCUAAAAUAGGCUUUCUUGGCUACACAAGUAGUUUAUCAUUUUUCUUUAUGGUGUUCUUUGCUCUUGUGAUAGUAAUUAAAAAGUGGUCCAUUCCUUGUCCUCUGACAUUGAAUUGUAUGGAGCAAUACUUUCAGAUUUCAAAUGCUACAGAUGAUUGUAAACCAAAGCUCUUUCAUUUCUCCAAAGAGAGUGUUUAUGCCCUACCAACCAUGGCACUUUCAUUUCUCUGCCAUACCUUGAUAUUGCCCAUAUACUGUGAGCUUCAAAGCCCUUCAAAGAAAAGAAUGCAGAAUGUAACCAACACAGCAAUUGCUUUAACUUUUCUCAUUUAUUUUAUCUCAGCACUCUUUGGGUACCUCACUUUUUAUGACAAAGUGGCGUCCGAUGUACUCCAAGAUUACAGUAAACACUUGCCACAUGAUGCUGUUGUCAGGACUGUGAGGUUAUGCUUUCUGUGUGCUGUGCUUCUGACAGUCCCUCUAAUCCACUUCCCUGCAAGGAAAGCUUUCAUGAUGGUGUUUUUCUCCAGUUUUCCCUUCUCAUGGAUUCACCAUUUUUUGACUACUCUAGCACUCAAUAUUAUCAUUGUUUUAUGUGCAAUAUAUGUUCCUGAUAUUAGGAAUGUAUUUGGUGUAGUUGGUUCCAGUACAUCAGCGUGUUUGACUUUUGUAUUCCCUGGACUGUUUUAUCUUAAACUUAGCAGAGAGGAUUUUCUGUCAUGGAAAAAGCUUGGGGCUUUUGUUUUGCUCAUCCUUGGAGUUUUGGUUGGGAAUUUUAGUUUAGCAGUCAUCAUUUUUAAUUGGAUUAAUAAUAAAUGAAAGAGCCCUGGCUGGUGUGGUUCAGUGGAUUGAGGACUGGCCUGUGAACUGAAGGGUCGCUGGUUCGAUUCCCAGUCAUGGCACAUGCCUGGUUUGUGGGCCGGGUCCCCAGUAGGGGGUGUGUGAGGCAACCACACGUUGAUGUUUCUCUCCCUCUCUCCCCCUCCCUUUCCCUCUCUCUAAAA